AUGGGGAAGACAAGACCAUGGAGAUACCGGCAGUUUUUCUCAAUACGUUUUCUCAGUUCAUCAUCUCAUCGACAUCGGGGCAAACAAAGUAGGCUUCACAUUGCAAUACCCUCUUCGCCUUCUGUGGACUUUUGCAUCAUUAGGGAGCUUAACUCUAAUCUCAAUGCUGUUCAUCACCAUCUCGGUUCGGUCGGAGGUUCUGACCUACCUCGGGAUGGAGUCUGUGUAUACGUCCGGGAGAAACAUCGCUCUCGUCACCUCGCGAUGCUUGAAGACCUACCUACUCUUUAG